UGUAGUUUUAUUAUUAUUAUGUGCAUGAAUAUGUUUAUUAUGUUUCUUGACUAUUGUGUUUCCUAGUUAAUUUUGAGCCUGUUUUAUAUUAACAGUAUAAACUUAAAUUAUUACAUACGCAUUAAUACGUAUGACCGUGGUAUGAAUAAACAUUGAUUAUUCGGAACGUGUUAAAAAUUCAUAUUGGAGGAUGGCUGUAAAAAAAUGUUCUGUAGAUCAUUGUUAUUCUUCAUCGUCGAGACGCGAAGACCUCGGCGUAACAUACCACAAGUUUCCUAAAGACCCAAUAUUACGCAGUGUUUGGGUCCAAGUAACACACAUAAAACCUACUAAUGACAAUCCUGCAUAUGUUUGUUCAAGGCACUUUUGUAGAAGUGAUUUUCAAGUUUAUCAGGAAUCAAAAUAUGUAUUAAAGUCAGGCGCAAUACCAUCUAUAUUUGCUUGGAUCAUGGAGGAUAUAAAGGAAAUAACAAAUAAAGAUAUUGAAGACAUCUUUGAAAACAAUCAUAGUGACAAAGUAAAUACUUCAAACAGUAGUAAAGAAUCUGAAGUGGAAAACUUAGACAAUAUAAAAAAGUUUAUUGAACAAGAACAAAGACAACAGGACAACUCACCACAGACAAUAAACAAUGUAGAUAAUAAAAGUAGCGAUCAGUUUGAUGCAAUGGCAUUAAAUACCUUAGAUGUGAUACAUAAACAACAAGAACCAGCAGUGGAAAAGAAUGUAAUGAAUAUGAUUAUUAGUGAAUCAGACUCAAAAGUUAAUGAGAAAAAAGAUAAAAAAGUGAUCUCCAAAAAAUGUAUUAGCCCUGACAAAGGUGCAGUUGCUCUAUCUGUUGGUUCCAAAGUAGAAGCCAAAGACUUCAGUGGAGCGUGGUAUCCUGCUGAAAUAGUUGAGGUUGAUUAUGAUGAGAUGGAGGUAUUGGUUCACUAUGAGAAUGACACGAAAAAGCAUGAUGAAUGGAUAAGUGUGACUAGUUCGAGAUUGCGACCGUACGUACCAAAACCGGUGAAAGUAGAAGUACCCGAAACACAAAUGACUCCACCGCCAGUUAGUACUCCAGAGCCCAGUCAGGACAAAGAGGAAAAUGUAUCGAAGAAAAAACAACAGACAUACGCUAUCGGCGAAAGGUGCUUAGCGCGAUGGCGGGAUAAUCGACGGUUUCUGGCAACUAUCUCUGAUGAUUUAGGCGAUGGUCUAUACGAAGUAGUUUUCGACGAUGGAUUCCACUUGAAGCUACAUUCAGCUCGAAUCAACAAAUUAAAAGAGACACAGCCGAAACAAUUUUCUGAACAAUCAUCAGGUGACAUGGCAACAUCUUCGUCAUCUCCCAUAACUGGUAUUGGACCAACGGCUACUUCAUCUAGUCCCAUAUUGAAUGCCCCGUUAUUCCACACACAUUUAUUUGAUCCCACCCGAGAUUACUUGGGUUCGAAAAGCGAACGCCGUGAAAUGAAACGCAAGUUAAAUAUAAAGGAGAUAUUCAAUAUUGGACAGAAGAAACGGAAAAUUAGCACGCCGAAGGAAAAGCCGCAACCGACAGAGAAGAAACCUAGAGUCAUCAAGAAGAAGUGGAAGAAAAUUAAAAAGUUGGAUGUGGACAUUAAGCAGGAAGUACCAGAUGCUGUGGCGUCAAUUAUCGGAACUGUUAAAACAGAAGAAAAUGAAGCUAAUAUUGCAAAGAGUGAACCACCUGAACCUUCAAAUGUUGAAGAAGGCAGUGAUAAAAUUACCUUGGAAGAUUUAUUGGAUAAAAAUGAAACUACUGACGUGACUAUUAAUACUAUGUCAGAUAUGUCUGAUGCUUCCGAAUUUAAUAGCUCCACAGAUCCUGUGUCGAAAGAGGAGGAAAAAUUGGAAAAGUUCGAGAAACCGGACGAAAGUAAACACGAAGAAGUGAUUGAUAAAAUGAAGGAGGUAAUCAGUAAACUCGAGGGAGGUUUGAGUAACAUUGAGAAGGUCGACUCUCCUAAGCCCGAGAUCGAGCCCGAAGUUAUUAAAGUAGAUCCGAUAAACACAGAAGUAGAUAUAAAUGUAGCGGAAUUAGAACCGGUAAAUGUAGAAACAAGUGUAGCGGAUAAUGUCGUAGAUUUUACUGUAAAGUUGGAGCCUGAAGAGCCGAUACAAAUCGACACUGUUGGUACGUCGAGCGCGGCGAUCAGUACUGAAGACGUGAAAAUGGAAACAAAACCGAAGAAAGUUUUAUCGAAAGUGAAGAAGACUAAAAAGCUAAGGUUGUUACAAGAGAAAAAGGUUAAGAAGCAAGUUGAGAAGGUAAAGAAUGAAUUGGAAGAAAUGAAGCGGCAAGUUGAGGAAAUGAGGAAGGCCAUGUUGCAGAAGACUGAAGAACUGUCGGAGCAGAGUCGGAAUACUGUGAAGGAGAUGCCGGAAAGUUUCCUUCUCCCCGGCGAGUGGUGCUGCAAGUGGGUGGACGGGGAGCCAGUCGGUACAGUACUAGAUUCUGAUGCUGAGCCCAAACUAGAUGCUAACAAUAAACCUGCUCUGCCGAGGAGAUCUGUUAUGGUUGAAGACAAGAGACUACCACAAGGUUGGAAGAAAAUGAUGGUGCGCAGGAGUUUAGGACAAUCUGCCGGCAAGUGGGAUGUUGUCUUGAUAAGUCCAGACAAUAAGCGUUUCCACACGAAGCACGAAAUGCGGCAAUACCUAGAUCAAAAUGAGCUCUCGUCUUUAAAACAAUUUGAAAGAGGUCUCCUAGAUUUUGGAGUCCAUUUGAAGCUAUCACGUAGAAUGGGCUGGGUCUCGUUUACUGGGAAUGCUCAAAUAACUCCAUCGCCGGUGGCGAAGAAGAAAAAACUUAGUCUUAAAAAGGAUGUGAAGAAAAAAUUGAAGAUUAGAAAACCGAAAGCUUUCCAAGUCAAAGAUGAAGAAAUUCCACAGUUCGAAGAUGAAUCAGUUCUUAACGAAACCCAAUUUCCCACUAUUGAAGAUGGUUACGUUUACGUCGGUUCUCUAAAAGUUCAAGUAAUAGAUAAUUUACUUCGAUGUCCAGCUGAGGGUUGUUUGAAGAACUUCAGAAAUAACACCCUUAUAAAAAUGCACAUUAAACACUACCAUAGAGAUUUGAAGAAGAUGUUGGGCGCGACGCCGAAAGUGUUGGACUUGGCGUACGCUAGAACACGGCCAAUUAUACCGGAGAUAAAACCAAAGAGCGAAAGUAAAGUUAUAAAAGUGAAGAUUCCACGGCCUCCAAAACGGGAGGAAAAACUAGAAGUUAAAGAACCUCCACCGGAGUUACGAGUCAAUAUAACUUCCCUACCUCCUGAAGAUAUUCCUAAACAGGAAGAUUCGCCGAAACUGCGCCAAGCGCUGAUACCCAAACCAGUGAAGAGACCCAGAGUAUUACUACCAGUUCGAAGACCAGACCCUGAACCAGAGCCAGAUAUAGACGAAGAAGAAACCUACGAUAUUCCUCAACAAAUAGAAGUAGAAGAAUGUAUGGACUUUGAAAUGGCGAUAUCCACUCAUACAGUGACGAAACCCUGUGAAUUCUUUAAGAAGACUGAGAAGAAACGAAAGCUAUUUCCCAAAAUGGCAGCCAGUGAGGAGGACGAGUGGCUAACAAUGAAUUCUGACUAUGAUACUCGGUCGAGUUUCCCCGGUUCGUGUACGCCGGACUCGAAAACUAUGGAAAAAAUACCUACUCCAAACCCGGCUGCGUCUUCCGAGUCGAAUGAGGAUCACAAGGAAAGCGAUAUGUAUAUGUAUACGGAGACCGGUGAACGCAUAAAGAUUGAGCACAUGAAACGCGAAGAGAUUAUAAACUGCCACUGCGGGUUCCGCGAGGAGGACGGGCUGAUGGUGCAGUGCGAACUGUGCCUGUGUUGGCAACACGCCAUGUGCCAUAAUAUACAUAAGGAGUCGGAGGUGCCCGAAAAAUAUACAUGCAGCAUUUGCUUGAAUCCAAAACGCGGUCGUCGAUCAAAACGAUUCCUUCACGAUCAGGAUAGAUUGUACGAAGGCCUACUGCCGGGGGCGAAGCCCUGCGAAUUCCUGAGACGGUCACACGAACUGUCUGGAAACUUGCUUAGGAUUCAAGACGCUCUGCAUGCUAUGAGAGUCAAGUAUUAUGUUGCAACCAAAAAGGAUCACCCCAAACUGUACCUUUGGGCCAAAGACUGGGAGAACUCGGAAAUCAACCUCACGCAAGAGCGUCUCAACUCUGACUAUUCAGAUCUGAACAUUAUAAUAAAUAACAUUGGCAAAGAGAACAUGCCGGUUAAGAGUCAAGUGGACGCGUUGGAUGAUGAUGGACGGUUGACUCCGAGGGAUGCGUCGCAGUUGAGUUUAUCUGGAAGUUUCUCUGGCAUCGUGCCGUUGGACUUUCCGAUAACUACAUCGGAUUUGGAACGGAUGGCCAGGACUAUGCAGGAGCAAGAGCCGCGCGUGACGGUGCCUGUGCCGGAGGCGGCGAUCGAGAACGGCGCGUGCCGCGAGCGGCUGCUGCGCCACGUGCAGCGCUGCCAGGCGCUCAUCGACGCGCGGCUCGACUCCAUCGAGGCGCAGGUGGCCGAGCUGGAAUCCCAAGACCCGUCAUUCGAGGACGACGAAACGGCGGACUAUUUCCCGCGCACCAAACAAACUAUACAGAUGCUCAUGCGAGAUCUCGACACUAUGGAGGAGUUGGGAGUCGUUACUUAGAAAUACAAUAUGCCAUGCUUCUUGUCAUAUAUUACACAGCUUUAAUAGAAAGUUAUACUAAAUACAUGUGUAUUUACAAUAGCACUAUCUCGAUAUGAAUUGUACGUAUACCACAGUAAACAGAUUGCGAACAGUACGGAAACUACAUAGAAAUCGUCGGAAACGGCUUACUCACACCACGCCGUAGUACAUUAUUUCUAGUCUGUGCCGACACGCAUGCGCAUCGAUGAGUUGAGAAUUAAAAUUAGGCUAUUUAGCCAAUAAUAAAUUAUGCGCAGAGCAUCCCCUCCACAUUUCUCUCUGCUCUUGAGUUAUUUGGCACUACUAUUGUUUUAUCGAAAAAGUUAACUUUACUGUUUGUAUUCUAUUUACUGUUUCUACGUAAUACAUGUCAGGACUACUUUUUUAUUGCUCUGGAGCUUUUUUUGUUCAGUGUCUAUAAACAUUUUGCUCAGUUGCUCCUUAAAGAAGUUAUUAGUUAAGCAUUGAUAUAGAUCGCGGUAUACGAUUUUAGUCCACACAGCAAAGUAUUUUUACUGCAUAAAUAGUAUUUAGAUUUUAGCUGCAGAGUCUCGUAUUAAUUAAACAUUUGUUCAGCAGCAAUAGAUCCAUAAUGUUGCUUGAAACUUUAUUCAAAUGUUAUACUACUGGAUGUAACGUAUGUAAUA